AGAGUCGCACACAGGAAUCCUAACGUCAAGGAGGAAUCUGGUCAGCGACAGCCUGUACACAGUGGAAACUCGGGUACAGCAUACGCGCAAGUACAAGUCACUGGUCUCAACUGUCCACAUCCAAUGGUGAUGGGUGCGCAAGUGAUAAAGCAGCAUCAAGGGAAGGAGCUGACUCGACAACGUUGCGGUGCUGGGAACGAUGGAGGCAGAGGGAUUGCUGGACACUUGGAAAAUCAAACCAACGCAAUAUCUCACCGUCGUGGCGUGGGUGAGUCUGCGAGAUGGAAGAACGUUCCCUGUCUACUUCACGGACGGCACGGGCGACCAUCGCUUGAAGCUGACGAUCGUAUCGGUUCCGACCCGCACUAAGCAUUUUCUGUACCUGCCAGAUACAACCGUCUCCAUUCUAGCAUCGGCAGCCAAAUGCGGCGUCCCCUCUCAUGCAUUCAAAGACUUCCUCCUGGGUCAUAUUUGCCUGCAGAAGCGGCUGCGCAAGGACACGUUCUUCUUGGGCGAGACUCGAUUCACCGAGCGGUCCUUCCAAGUGAACCCUCCCGAGCCAUCCGACGACAUUGGUGGCACUCCGCCUUCCCGUCGCAUGAUGACAGACUUGGGGGAUGUGCUGCGGCUCUUAAGCGACCAACGAUGUUACCAAGAGCGGCAGAUUUGGAGCAACCAGCACCUGUUUGAUGCCCUCCUGAAAGGCUUUGAGCAGUUGCAACUCCUGGCAUCACAUUUCAUGCAACAAGAGGUACUAGUCUCGAAACUAGCCAAGGACGUGGAAUUGUGGAAAGCGGCGGCAGCAGAGCGAACGCACCGGACUGAUCAAGUGCUGCACCAACACCAGGUACAGGUCGGGCAAUUGGAAAAUUUUGCCAAGUCCAUGCAAAAUACCGUGCAAGCCUUGGGGAAUCAAGUGCAUGAUCAUGCACACAUGAUGAAGCACAUGCAGGAAGAGUUGGAGAGUGCAUGGAAGGUCAAGCAAAAGACGAUCGAAAUGGAGGCGGAGCGGUCGAGAAAAGAGUGGCAAGACUUCCGUAUGGACAACAAGCGCCAUUUCGAACGCAUCAAGGACGCGUUUGGGUUGCUGAACGAAGCGCAGUCCAGGACGUCCAAGCAAGUGAUGAACAUCGCGGGCGAAGUGGGCACGCUGACUCGCUUGAAGGAGUCUGUGGUUCACAACGGCCAAGUCAUUUCCGAAGUGAGGCAAGCGUAUGUCGAGAUCCUGCCUAAGCUUCAGGACAUGUACGUCCUAGAGAGGAAGCGAGAAGCCAUUGCCGCCGUGCACAGGUUGGGAUGUGUUGACACCCCGAGGAUGUAACAUGGUGUUGUUUUGAAC